AUGAACCUCUUCGCCUUCGGUUCCAACGGCUCCGGCCAACUAGCCUUGGGCCACAAAGAAGACGUCUCUUCUCCAGCAAAAUGUCUCUUCUCCUCCCCCACCAUUCCAGACGAUGAGAUCGUCCACAUCGCCGCUGGUGGGAACCACACUCUCCUUCUCACAACGCGGGGUUGUGUCUAUGCAGCGGGGUGUAAUUCCGACGGGCGAUGCGGACCCGAGCCCCCAGCCUCGUUCCAGAACGAGAAUCUCGAGGGUUCCAUUGACGGCGACGAUCUACUCCGCUUUCGCCGGGUUAUCCUCACAGACCCAGAGACUGGGGUCCCCGUUGAACUCUUCAAGUGUAUUUCUGCGACGUGGGAAGGGUCUGUUCUUGUCGCCGUGAACCCGUCAAUUGCAAAUGAAUCGGAUAUAGUCUUCGUUCUGGGCUUGUCUCCAAAGGGCGAACUUGGUCUUGGAGCUGACGUUUCUGCGACGCAUGGUACAUCUCUUCCACAACUGCGGGGAACUAGUAUUAGAGCUCUAGCGAGCGGGAUGGGCCACUCGGUGGCCAUUCUUUCGAGCGGAGAUGUCUUCGGCUGGGGCGGGGCGCGGAAGGGCCAACUUGGUGAUUCUCUCAAGAGCCAGAAGAUUGCAUGGACGCCCACAAAAGUCGAGGGGAUUCCGUUCCGCGCGACGGCAGCUGUAUGCGGACGUGAGUUUACGGUUGUGUUUGGACAGCGCGAGACUGGGGAGUUUGUGGUUCUUGGGGAUCGGGCGAAUCGGUGGGGUGUUAUGGAUGUUCCUUCUUUGAGUGGAAGGGGGUAUAGUGAUAUUGGGGCCAGUUGGCAUGGGAUCUAUCUACAUGCUAUUUCGAGGGAAGAGAAAUCUGCUCCUCCUGUUAUUGCUUGGGGCCGCAAUGAUCGUGGUCAACUUCCACCUCCCGGUCUGCCUGAGCCUGUCAAGAUCGCUGUUGGUAGCGAGCAUGUUCUUGCGCUUUUGGAGGGUGGUGUGGUUGCGACGUUUGGUUGGGGCGAGCAUGGGAAUUGCGGGCCUGAUACGGAUGAGAGUGGGAAUGUGUCCGGCACGUAUAAUGUGAUCUCGUUGCCGGAUUCCGUGCGCGCCGAUGGUGCGAGUGUCACUGGUGUUGGAGCAGGGUGCGCGACAAGCUGGUUGAUUGUGAAGUGA